AGAUUUUCAGGCAUGAAGUGAUAGUAUGUGUGCCUUGAAAAAUUUCCCCUUGAAGCACUUGCGGUUUGCUUCGAAAGAUAUUCUUGCAGCCGGUUUGAAUGGACGGAAAUGGAUAACUUCGGAUGAAGGAUACAAUCGGGAUUACCGUGGUCUGGCGGAGAUCGCAAAUGUCGACAGGAAACAGGACUAUUCUGUGCUGGAUAAUCCAGUUGAGGCUGUUUUGAAUGAAUGGAUCCGAAUCAGUGGCACUUUUGGAGACCUGAUUGACGCACUGGAAGUGCUGGACAGAUACGAUGUUCUCGACGACGUGAUGCCCAAUUUACUUCUGGACGCAGAACAAUGUGAUUCUGAGGAACCUGUGAACAAAUUUGAACAUAACAUUGGUUUUUGUAUUGAUAAUGGUUGCAUAACCAGAAGUGAUCUCGUCGGAAUUGAGAAGGGGGAGGGUCUCGCAAAGUACGAUGCGUUCCUUUUGUUCGCGGAUGCCGAUCAAGAUUUUGCUCAUUCAACUGUGGAUUACCUGGAAAAUGAUUGCGGAAUGAACUUGUGCUUGAAGGACAGAGACUUGCUUGGAGGCAUUCCUUUCGAGCACGACGCUGUUAUGAGACUUAUCCAAGAACGCUGCCGACAUCUUCUUAUAAUUUUGUCAUCGGAAUUCUUCGAGAGUGUGGAGUGCAAGUUUUAUACGAAAUUUGCACAGGCGUUGAGCAUCGAGAAGCGCUCAAGAGUCGUGUUACCGAUUAGAUACAAGGAAAUACCCUCGAGCACGAUUCCUAGUUUUCUCACCGGAAUUCACCACCUUGACUAUACUCGUGCGAUGAAUGGCCGCUGGAAUUUCUGGGAAAAGCUUCGAGAUUCUGUCCGGGAUUCGGAGAAAGCCGUUUUAAAAAAGACCGCUGCUCUGCAAACGAAUUCUAAAUUUUCUAGUGAAACUGUUUUAGAAAAACCUGCGUCUGCUGUAUCUGCACCUGUGGUCGCCGAUCGUCGGAAAAAAAGUACAUUGAAGGCCAUAUCAAAUCUCUUCAAGAAAUCCUCGUCUUCCGUGGAAAUGGGUGCUUCAGGAACGCUUUUGCUUCCAAAUUUACCGGAUCCCCCGAGUGAUCUUUCUGUGAGCGAUAUUGCGGGCUCAAAACCGCGAAAGAAAGGGAAACUUAGGCCGAUUGCAAGUUUCUUUGGCGUGAUCCUGUCUUCUUCGAAUGUUUUAGUCAAUAUUGUGAUGUCGAGUUCUGCCAGCCCCUUGCGAAGUGCCUCCGAUCGGGAUAUUGAUUUCUUUGAUCGACGCCAUGAAAUGCAUGAACAUUUCGCGUUUGAAAUCGGUUCGAAAAUGCGUGUUCCAAAGCGCAUCACCUUGACUGGUGCGGAAGAUGAUGUAUUCUCGUCCACGUCUCACUCAACUUUGAACCGAGGGGCUAGUUUUGGAUCUGCGGAUGACCCGACUUUGAGGAACAUGAUGAAUGUUCCCGAUAGAAUUCUUGUUGCUGGUCAAGAGCGACACGUCGGUGCAAAAGCUCCUCCAAGGGAACUUGUUCUGGAGCAAUCUGUUAUGCCGCCCGUGAGAGAAGCUGUACGAGUGCAGACCCCGCCGAGGGUGAUCACACUGGAAGAGUGUAAGUUUCCUACAGCCGAUGACCCGCCGGAAGAAAGCGUUUCUCCUGCCAAAAGUAUUGAAGCUGUAAUUGAUCACCAGACCGGGACAUCGCACAUUAUCAUGAACGGAGGGGAAGGCUUCGGAUCAGUUAGUGUGGAUUUAGAAAGCAGAAGUGAUGUUCUGCCAACCAUGGCUCCACCCUCGAUGCCUGGUGGCGACAUGCAAAUCAUCCGUUACCUCAAUAGACUCAAUCACCGGGUACGAAGAUUGGAAGAUGAAGCGUAUCAGCGCAAUCAGCGGGAUAUUCUGCUCGGCAUUCUCUUCGCAGCGUAUGCUUUGAUGAAAACCGUUCCUAAUGUGAUGGGGGAUAUCGCAGAAAGUCGUAGUAUAUUUUCUCAGUCACCCGAAGAAGAUACCUGUGUUAUCUCUGUGGUACGCGAAACUGCAGUUUCGUUUGAUCCACUUGCGAACGCGAUCGAGUUCCAGAAUUCGAGGCGUUCGGAUUCUCCCGAGGCAAACAUACAGUCAAAUCCAUCGACCGGGCCUUUCGAACCCGACUGCUUGAGUAUGGAGACUGAAAAUAAUUGGAAAUCAUGUGAAAACGAAGUCAUGGGAUGUGAUGAGACGAAAUGUAGUGAUCUGGUUUUGCCGCGAGGAUUCGACUUCAACGCUAUGAAGCUUCAACUUCAAUCGCGUAAGUCGAACAGUGUAGAAAAUGUGCCGUGCCAAGAUGGCCGAAAGGGUGAAUUGGAAAAGUCAGCUUUUAUGCAUUUUCUUGCGCGUGAGAAUUCAGCUGCCGACGAGCUUGGCUCGAUUGUCGAUCUAGGAAACGAUGUUCCAAGUUGCGAAUCCGCAGUUGUAUUAAGUUGUGGUUCAGAUGUGAGUCAAGAUGGUGAAAGCAAGAAUCAAAUGGAAUAUUUAAAUGCUGAUGUAAAGAAGCAUAUCUUGUGUUCAAAGAAUGGAAAUGAUCUCGGUCAAGGAUCUUCUUCGGUACAUACCCGGGAAACGAAUUGCGUCAGGAAAUCGAAAAGUCUUCCGUCAUUGGUGACUUCAGAACGGUGUGCCCAGUUCAAAACUUUUUCUACAUCGAAUCGAGGACUCGUUGAUAAUGUUGCGGACUCGAAACUGCAGAAGCCUGGGAUCAAUAUUUUUCAAAUGUCGAAGGAAAUUGAAAAUACGGAAUGUUCAAAGGAAGGUCGUCAGUCAGACGAGAAGGUUGAUCUCGAAGUGUGUUCAAAUUCUUCGAAGCUUAUGAGGUGCCAGUCGCUGUUACUUUCUUCCGCGAAAGUUCGUGAUCGUGAAAGAAUAUUGAGAUUCUCCUCGGAAAAUACUUCGAUGAAAGUAUCGGGAAAGUCUUCGGUAAACGGAAUGGAUUUUGUUCCAAGAGUAGCUGAACCUUUGGAAAAACCGGAUGUUCUCCUGUCGAAUCGCAGUGCGGAAGUUCGUGAUGCGAUGUCUUCAAAUCUCUCUGCUGAUUCAAGUCCGAAAAAGCAGAAUCACCAUUCGUCUCCGAAAGUUCAAAAUAUGAUUUCCGAGAGUCUUCAGAUUGAUUCUAGUCAGAAAAAUCGUUCGGAGUGCAAUUCGCCGCCAGAAGUGCAAAAUGUGAUGGCCGAAGAUCUUACAGAUGAUUCAAUGGUUCAAAAAAAGAUGUCCGAAAAUCUUCCGAAUGAUUCAACUCCGGAGAAUCAUGAGGAUUCCAUUUUAUCAAUUGCGUCUGUUCACACGCUGAAUUCCGCUGAACUCGUUAGUCGAUUGGGUAGUGAUUCCGUGGAAGCGUCUGAAACCAAGACAUCUUUCGAUGGCAAUAAAAUUAUCAACGUUUGUGUGCCUGACUCUUCGGAACGUGUUGACGAUGUCCCACAAGAAACACUCAUGGAUCUACACUCCUCACAAGUGUUGAAUACCAUCACUACGUCUUUGUUCAACCAGAGUGUUUCUUCCGGAAAAUCCACGGUGUCUUUAUUCGAAGAAUCUUCUGGUGAAUCACCGAGUGAAAGGAUAAAUCCGAUUGCUCACUCGAAUGCUUCGUGGGAUUCAAUCGUUGAAAGUGUACACGAUAUUUCGAUCGAAGGAAUCAAGAUAGCAACUCCUCCAUCGAAUCUGAAUUUUAUUUCGAUGCGAUCGCCAUCUGUGCUCAAAACUUCGCACUCCGAUUCGCUCAUCGAAGGCAUUAGUCCAAUUGUGAUGGAUGACGAAGAAUGUUAUCCAAAGGACGUUCAAAAUUGGAUUGGAGAUGGUCAAGCUGAAGGAUCGGGACCUAGUUAUCCUGCCGAAAAUCUUGAUAACAUUGAUGUCAUUAUUUCAAGUCCGCGGAUCGAACGAGCUAAAUCCCAGGGAGCGAAUUAUUCAUCAUUGGAUCCUAACAAGGCGAUUUCUCAAGUCGUUCUUGACUUGUCCGUGAGGCGUCGAACAUUGUGUAUUCCCGACGUUCAAAACCCAAUGGAUGUGGAUGAAAUGAUCCCGAUGUCACAGGCCGUGUUGGAUUUGUCUUCCAGAGGAAAGGUUGUGGUUUGCCGAGUGCCGCCGACACCUGUCAAGAGAAAUUCUAUGAAUCGAAGGUGCCCGGAAAGUAUGGGAAUCUCGGAACCAGAUAAACAGUGCAUGAAGGAGAAUAAUUUGGAGCAGACACCAGUGCAAUAUGCGUUUGCCCGACAUCAUCGAGAG